UCUUCGGACGUGAAGCCGACCCGUCGGUCGACAUUUUCGGCACAGCAUCAUCAUCAUCAGCGCUGACGUGAACCUACGUGAGCGGAGGCACAGGCAGUCCACCCUGUACUGUAAUUAGUGACGAGUCAGACUACGUAAAAAAAAAAACUUCGGUGGCUGACAGGAAUGGAUACGUCUGCCUCGCCUCAGAUGGACGACAGUUUAAAUGACUCGCUGACAGAUGGAGAGGAGGACCACAGUGAAGGCAGUCCAUCUCCUCAGGUGUCGGUGGCAGAAGCAGAGUCUCCCGGUGUGACUGUCGUCACUAUGUCUGACGGUCAAAUGCUGCAGGUCCAAGGGGUCAUCCAGGCCCCUCAGACCUCUGUCAUACAGAGUGUCCAGAUUGCCACUGUGGCGGAGCUGGACGACGACGCUCCCGUCACAGACACCCAGAAGAGGCGGGAGAUUCUCUCCAGGCGUCCAUCUUAUCGAAAAAUACUCAACGAGCUUUCAACGGAUUCACCGGCAGUUCCUAAAAUCGAUGAAGAGAAGACGGAGGAGGAGGCGGCGGCGGCGGCGGCCAGUGUGGCCUCGGCAUCAGCGCCGACCUCCAUCUACCAGACCAGCUCAGGACAAUACAUUGCGUUCACUCAGGGGAGAGCCAUCCAGUUGACCGGCUCCGGAGCUGAAGCCCUUCAGGGCUCACAGACCCUGGCGGUGGCCAGCUCUCCCACCCCGCAGCCUGGAGCUACAAUCCUACAGUGUGCGGGGCAACCCGGAGACUCUUCACAGCAAUACUUCAUCCAGGGAGGACAGGUGCUCAUCCAAGCUGCCACAGGAGACAUACCCGCCUACCAGCUGCGUUCGCCCAACUCGGGCCUGGCCCAGAGCAUCGUGAUGGCGGCGUCCCCGGGCACCAUGCAGAGCCCGUCGUCGCAGCACGCGGAAGAGAUCACCCGCAAGAGGGAGGUCCGACUGAUGAAAAACAGGGAAGCAGCUCGCGAGUGCCGCAGGAAAAAGAAAGAGUACGUCAAAUGUCUGGAAAACCGCGUGGCCGUGUUGGAAAACCAAAACAAGACCCUGAUUGAAGAGCUGAAAGCACUGAAGGACAUUUACUGCCACAAAGCGGAGUAGCGGCGGCUGUUUUGCGGUCACACCGUUUUACAAACUGCUGCAGCAAACACACACACACAAAAAAAAAGAAAAGAAAAGACUCUGGAACAAAAACUGCUUUGACCGUCGUCGUUUCUCUGCUCACUCAGGCCUGGUUUACGCUCAGUUCAGAAAGUGUUCCCAGGGAAAUCGAAACAGCUCGAGCUUGCCAGUUUCGCUCUUGUUCUUAUCUUGUGCUCUUUGCAUGCGAAGACCCCCAAGUGUCGCACACACACACACACACACACACACACACACACACACACACACUAUGCUUGCUGUUGCUUUUUUGUGCACAAGGCGAAAAAGACAACCAAUGAGAGCCAGCUAGAGAAGAGGAAGAGGAAAUACAGGUGCUUCCUGAAAAUGUGCCGCCCAAGUACAGAGAUUACGAAAGAAAAAAAAAAAAACCUUGGCGGGUCAGCCGGGUCUCCCUACCAGCAAGUUUCUCUGAGGUCAGACAAGGUGCACACAAAGCUCCAGAUCCACCACCAGCUGCAACAAGGCAACUCAACCGUGUUUACCUGAUAAUGUCAUCUGUGUCACAUAACGCUGCCGUCUCUUUGUUUUCAUGCAUUCCUUCAUACGAAAAGAUUUCUCUCCAUAUCAUCGACUUGUUCUCAGUUUGUGUAGAAGUUCUUGAUUUGGUUUUUUAAAGAAGUCAACCAGAAGAAUUCAAGAUGAAAAUCCUCGUAGGUUAUGCACAGAACUUCAAUAUGCAUUUCAAGCCAACAUAGCGGGGCCGUCGGCUGAAUCCGAACUUGGUUAGAAAAAGUCCAACAGAGCCUUUUUUUAUUUUUCACGUGGAUUGUAGUAUCUGAAGUGACCGAGCACAGCUUGCUCUUUAGUCAAAGCACAGAAAGUACCAAAGUGUCAGUGUGGAUCUCAGAGUUUAUAUUCUCUUAAUAUUAAUAUCAUUCGCAGAACUUCACUCCACGACUUUAUACACAUUCUACGAAGCAGUUGCUUGACAUGAAAACUUUUGCAGACCCCCACAUCUUAAGACGACUCGAAGCUUAAAGAAUAACUGUCGUGCUUUAUUGUCGCGCGAGCGUUAGUUUUGUUCCUCGAAUGAUGGAUAUCCAUUGUGGUAUAAAACUGUAUUUUGAUUAUGGCUAGAUAUUAAAAUGCUCUGUUUAAAGGGUGAUGCCAAUUUCUUUUCUUUCUUUUUUUUAAUGUAAUGACAUUUUGUUUUAAUGAUAAUAUAUCAUCUUGUGUUAAUAUUUCUGGUGAUUUGCUUUGCUUUUUUUUCUGUUUAUAUAGUUGUUGAGUUUGUCCCACUGAUUAUAUAUUUUAGGAGAAAACAUUAGAAAGAGCAUUUCUUAAUGUAACAUGCCCGACACCUCUUAUGACUGCCAAAGCUUUUUAAGUAACAGUUAGGUGUUUAACUACUGUUUAGCUCCAUGACAGCAGUGUGAAUUAUCCUGUGGCGGUCUCAAAAUGAUCCCUUUGUAUUCACAGAUGGUCAUUCUCUUAAAAAAAGGCAGGUGAUAAUAAACUUUUCUCUGAUAUCAACUGAGCUGAAAUUCUCUGCACGUAGUUUAUUUUUUCCCCCUCGUCUUUUACCAGGUGAUCUCUGCUUAGUGUACUUCCUUGUUUGAAUUGUAAAACCAAAACUAUUUUUGUUUAUCUAAUAAUAAAACAUUCAAAUGUGA